UGCAGUUGACACCGCACUUCGUUGUUGCAGGGUGCAGUGGAGCCCAUGCAGAUCGAUGUGGAUCCACAGGAGGACCAGCAGAAUGCACCCGAUAUCAACUACGUGGUGGAGAACCCCACUCUGGAUCUGGAGCAGUAUGCCUCCAGUUACAGUGGCCUGAUGCGGAUUGAACGCCUGCAGUUCAUUGCUGACCACUGCCCCCAGCUCCGGGUGGAAGCCCUCAAGAUGGCACUGUCCUUCGUCCAAAGAACUUUCAAUGUUGAUGUUUAUGAAGAAAUCCAUCGAAAACUGUCUGAGGCCACCAGCCCACCAGGAGCCUGGUCAUUCAUCGGACUCCUGCAAAGAGAACUGCAGAACACCCCUGACGCGGUCCCGGAUGGUGGGAUUGAGCCCCCUCCGCUUGAUACUGCCUGGGUUGAGGCCACGCGCAAGAAAGCCCUUCUCAAACUGGAAAAGCUGGACACUGACCUGAAAAACUACAAGGGAAACUCGAUCAAGGAGAGCAUCAGGAGAGGCCAUGAUGACUUGGGUGAUCACUACCUCGAUUGUGGAGACCUCAGCAAUGCCCUUAAGUGCUAUUCGAGAGCCCGUGACUACUGCACCAGUGCAAAGCAUGUGAUUAACAUGUGCCUCAAUGUCAUCAAGGUCAGCGUUUACCUCCAGAACUGGUCGCAUGUCCUGAGCUAUGUGAGCAAGGCGGAGUCCACGCCAGAGAUCGCAGAGCAACGAGGAGAGAGAGACAGCCAGACGCAGGCAAUCCUGACCAAACUGAAGUGUGCGGCAGGCUUGGCUGAACUAGCAGCUCGGAAAUACAAACAGGCAGCGAAGUGCUUCUUGUUGGCCUCGUUUGACCACUGUGACUUUCCAGAGCUGUUGUCUCCUAGCAAUGUAGCUGUGUAUGGUGGCCUCUGCGCACUGGCCACCUUCGACCGUCAGGAGCUUCAGCGCAACGUCAUCUCCAGCAGCUCCUUUAAACUAUUCCUGGAGCUGGAGCCUCAGGUGCGUGACAUCAUCUUCAAAUUUUACGAAUCCAAGUAUGCCUCUUGCCUGAAGAUGCUGGACGAGAUGAAGGAUAACCUUCUGCUGGACAUGUACCUGGCACCUCACGUCCGGACGCUGUACACGCAGAUCCGAAAUCGUGCCCUUAUCCAGUAUUUCAGCCCCUACGUGUCUGCAGACAUGCGCAAGAUGGCCACUGCGUUCAACACCACCGUGGCUGCAUUGGAGGAUGAGCUGACCCAGCUGAUCCUGGAGGGGCUGAUCAAUGCCAGAAUAGACUCGCACAGCAAAAUACUCUAUGCUCGGGACGUCGACCAGCGCAGCACCACCUUUGAGAAGUCCUUGCUAAUGGGCAAGGAGUUCCAGCGCCGUGCCAAAGCCAUGAUCCUGCGCGCAGCUGUUCUGCGCAACCAGAUCCAUGUCAAGUCUCCUCCAAGGGAAGGCAGCCAAGGGGAGCUCACGCCAGCUAACAGCCAGUCGCGAAUGAGCACCAACAUGUGAAGCCUUCGUGGGCUGUGGAAGCCGAUCCCCACCCAGGACUGCAUGUCCUACAGCCUGACCACAAACUGCUGAGGUUCACAGACUAUCCCUGACUCACUCCCUCCCCCUGGGUGGGGUGGGGCCAGGGCUGGUGGUGGCUACCAUUGAUACCCCAAUUAACUUAAUUCCUUUAGAAGAGAAGCUCCCACUAAAUGCAGCAGCCCUGGAACUGGUUUUCACGUCAGUGCUGGUAGCACAUCUGCCCCAUUCCCCUACACCCACAGCCCCAGAAAGUGCAGGUUAUUCAGACAAGUGCUGAUUUUUUCGGUCCCUUCAGCUGCUGUGGGAGCUUUCCUGAAUCAGGGGUGCACAGGCAGGCUACAGAGGGGUUUCUCUACCCUGGAGUUUUGUCUUGUUUCCUGAGCUGUGCAGUGCUUCCCCUUUACUUCAGAGAAGCCCUCAGAGUGCUGCAUUUUCACUGGGCGACCCAGAGGGCAGCUGGACGGGAGUUUUCUGCAGGAGGUACACACUAGGGCUCCGCACCACCCUUGAAAGACGGGCACCAUGCCCAGACCCUCAGGCACUGUGUGCAGGCUGUCUCCCUUACCAUUGGGCUCAGCCUCUUUCAGUUUAGCCUGUCUUUUUUCAAAGAUCUGUUUCCUUUGUCCCCCCUCCUUGCUACCUGGCACUGCUGGUGAAGAUUCUGCCCCAUGGCAGUGUCUGCAUCUUGGGCAAUUGCUGUUGCUUGGCCAGUUUUACUGCCCCCUGUACAGUGGUUUCCUGCUCCUGUGCGCCAGGGAAAGCUGGUAGCAUGGCUAAAUGGCAUAGAAAUGGCACAGCCUCCCUGGGCAGAAGCUGAAAGGAGUCAGCCAUAUGUCUGCACUUCAGAUGCAUCGUGUCCUUUUGUGCGUGGAUGUUCUGCAGUUAGUUCUGCCUUGCGUUGGUGCAGCCCCAUAGAACGAAGCUGAUAACAUGGUUCCAGACUCUGCACGUCCCUCAGCUUCCUGCAGGCGUCCCUGUUCAUGCUGGUUUGGGUUUAAACAAGUUGUUCUCUAGUGCAUUAAACAGCAGAACUGAGCUGUUUGCAGCCCUGUGUGA